UGAGAAUAAAGGUAAAAGUUAUCUCCAUGAUGCCCAAUUGGGCAUCCACUACUUGUUCCCCAGUUCCCAGAUCAGAGUAAAAUGAGUGUAUAACUCUAUUAAUCCGGCCAAAACAUACAGCAUAUAUAUUAUUUAAUUUGUGAGUUUGAAGGCACGCAUAUAUGGAUUUGCAGAAAUGUGUGGUUUUCCUAUACCUUUCUACUUUCAUCAUCCUGUCAGCGGUAGCACAGUCCGAUGACCACCCGUACGCAUCCUGCGGCCUAACUGGAAACUACACAGAAAACAGCAUCUACGGAACAAACCUUAACUCACUUCUCUCCUCCCUCCCGUCUAAACUCAAUAAAUAUGGAUUCUGCUACGUUUCCAUGGGCAAAACCCCCAACAGAGUGAAUGCGGUGGGGGUAUGCCGCGGCGACGUCGUUGAGGCCGACAUAUGUCGCAGUUGCAUUGAAGAUGCCGCUAGGUUGACGCUACAGAAUUGCCCGAAUCAGAUAGAGGCAUUUGGAGGGUACGAUAAGUGCAAGAUCCGAUACUCCGACGCGCCCACCCUAGGAAACUGGUAUUCCAGUAGUCCUCCAGUUUUCUUGAGGAAUAGAUAUAAUGCUUCGAACCAAGACGAGUUUAAGAAAGAUGUGUGGAAAUUGCUGGAGGGUCUACGAGAUCGUGCUGCAAAUGGUAGCCCGUUGCUUAAGUUUGCGGCAGGGAAUAUAUCUGGGCCGGACUCUGAGACCAUAUAUGCAGCUGUGCAGUGCUCACCUGAGUUGGCUGCUCAAGGUUGCUCUGAUUGCUUGGUUAGUAUUAUUGAAAAACUGCCUCAAUGUCCGUGCUAUGGUAGGCGAGGGUCUAUAGUACUCAGUGCUACCUGCAAUUUUCGGUUUGAGACCUAUAAAUUCUUCAAUUAUACUUUGGUCGAAACUCCAUCACCACCACCACUACCACCACCAGCCGCCAUUAAAGCUCCAUCACCAAAACCAGUGAUUGCUUCUCCACCACAGAAAUCAGAAAAAAAUGACAAUACUAGUCGAACUAUAAUCAUUAUUGCGGCUGUCGUGGUUGUAGCAAUUGUUAUUCUUCUUAGUCUAUGCGUUUGCAUUGUCUUGAAGAAAAGGCAAAAGAGGAUGCCGGAGAACAAAGAAAUGGACGUCGUGGACAAAAGUAGUACCGUGGAUGAAAUUAGUAUUGUAGAGUCUCUACAAUACAGUUUUGUUACUAUAAGAACGGCUACAAAUAAUUUUUCAGAAUCUAAUAAACUUGGACAAGGUGGAUUUGGUCCUGUUUACAAGGGUGAACUUCCAAACGGGCAAGAAGUAGCGGUGAAAAGGCUUUCUGGUAAUUCUAAGCAAGGUGAUCAAGAAUUCAAAAAUGAAGUCCUUUUGGUAGUCAAGCUCCAGCACAGAAAUUUGGUGAGGUUGCUUGGGUUUUGCUUGGAAGGGAGAGAAAGGCUUCUUGUAUAUGAAUUUGUUCCCAAUGCUAGCCUUGACCACUUGUUAUUUGACCCUAUCAAAAGAGAAAUUUUGGAUUGGGAAACGCGUUAUAAAAUCAUAGGUGGCAUUUCCAAGGGGCUUCUUUACCUCCAUGAGGACUCUCGUUUUCGCAUCAUUCAUCGUGAUCUCAAAGCAAGCAAUGUUCUACUGGAUGCAGAGAUGAAUCCAAAAAUUUCAGACUUUGGCAUGGCGAGGCUGUUUGAAGUAGAUGAAAGCCAAGGCAGUACAAGCAGAAUUGUGGGAACUUAUGGAUAUAUGGCACCGGAGUAUGCAAUGCACGGCCAAUUUUCAGUUAAAUCUGAUGUGUUUAGUUUUGGAGUGUUGGUCUUAGAAAUUUUAAGUGGACAAAAGAAUAAUUGUUUCAAAAACGGGGAAUCUGUUCAAGACCUUCUGAGCUAUGCUUGGACACAGUGGCGGGGAGGGACAGCAUUGAAUCUGGUAGAUCCCUUUCUUCGAGGAAAUUCAGGUUCAGUGCCUGAAAUAAUGAGAUGCAUACACAUGGGGUUGCUGUGUGUUCAAGAAAAUGUUGCAGACAGACCAACAAUGUCCACAGUUGUUCUCGUACUAAGUAGUUCUUCUCUGAGUCUUCCAUUGCCAUCCGCACCAGCAUUCUUCAUGCACAGUACUAUAAGCCCUGAGGCUCCCCUGCUGCUUAAUGAAGCAGCAGCAGCAGCUUAUUCAUCGUCUCAAAAUGAGGCCUCCAUUACUGAGUUACACCCCAGAUGAAAUCCAUCCAUUUUCGACCUCCGGCCUCAUGAUCCAACUUCCUUAUUGAAGAAUAUUAAGAAUAAAGAUCAAACAUGUCACCGAACUGUACUUGAUAGUAUAAUUAGGUUACUGAACCUAAAAAAAAACUAUAAUUAUAUCUUUAAACUUACCAAUUUCAUGUCA